AAGUUAGUUAUAAUUAUGAUAAUUGUCAGCGCAGAGAUGACCCACGAGGCGCACAUGGCUCAAUCAGUGGACAGCCCCAUCCGUGGGUCCACGCCACGCCAUCGCCAUAGAAACCAGGCAUUUGAAGAGGGGUUGUCUCGCAAGCUGGAGGAGCAUGACUCUGUUAUGAGCCAGCUGCUCUACAACAUCCCACCUCUGCCCUGCUCUGAGCUGACUGACCCUCAUGAUGACAUCACUCUGCCCAGGCUGAUCGAAGCUUUGCAGAACAGACACAGGAUCAGGCAGAUGAUGAUUGACAAAUACACCGAAGCAGCCAGCAUGAUGAAGUCCAUGCUUCAGGAAGUGGACAGCAACUUAAUUUCCACUGAGAAUAUUAUCCAUGAACAAGAUAGCAAACUGGUAGAGAAAGACACUAUCAUCCAGAACAACAAGGCACAGAUCGAGCGCUUGGAGAAGAAAGCCAAGACACAAGAACAAAAGAUUGACAUGCUGCAGAAAAUGACUGAAAUCUAUGAGGACGACAAGCGCUUGUUGCAGCAUGAGCUAGAAACCAGAGAGCAGAGGCUGCAGAGAGAACUGUCUGACCAGAGAUGCCUGGAGCAGCGCAUGAACAGUGUGGUCACAGACAUCCAGCUCAAGUGGGAAGAAGAAUGUGGCCGACGCAUCAAUGUGGUGCAGCAGGAGAUGGAAAGCAAGCUCUGGACGAGAGACGAGAAACUGAAUCAACUCAAGGCCAUUGUGAUGGAGACUCCAGCUCGUCCUGAUCCUCCACCACGUCAGACACAACCUAAGCAGCCGUCCAGAGAGGAACAUCUCCCUGCAAACAUAUCAUCCUCGCCUUCAUCCCUUUCUGAUCAACACAUUGAUCCUAUGCAGCCUACGCAGCCUUCCAGAGAGGGAUAUCUCCCUGCAGAGACAUCAGCCUCGCCUUCCCCCCUCCCUAGCCCUGUUGAUUCUCCGAGGCCAGUGUCAAAUCCAGUCGAGGCUGUUCAAGUUGAGGAGGUUGAAAUGGAGCCAAGGCCCACCUGCCCAAUCCCCAGUACCAGUAACUCUUUCUCUGUGACUAGCUGCAUCGCAGCAUGGGAACAGAGGGUGGCCCAGGAUAGUAGGCAGGGUUACUAUUCCCCUAGUACGCCCACAAGUGCCCAGUCCCCAGCAGGCCUCUCAGCAAGACGGGCCAGGAGGACAGCUGUGUGUCACACUAGAGAGGAAGAAGAUGCCAACUCCCCUCCAUUCAAUCUUGACCUAAUUGAGAGAAGCUGCAGGACGCUUACACCAGUGCGGCCGCUGCACCGCCGCUCUUGCUCUGCUGGUGGGGAGAAGUGGGUGGACCACAAACCCUCCUCCAGCUUGGACCUGGGAACAGUUUUGCAGCCGGUCAUCCCCAAUGCCAUCCAGGUGUCUGCGCCCAGUGAGAAGGCUCUGUCUAAGUGUGACAGAUAUGUGUUAACACAUCAGGAGGUUGCCUCUGAUGGUGAGAUAGAGACCAAACUUAUUAAGGGUGAGGUGAUUAAAACCAGAGGAGGAGGACAGGCUGUCCAGUUCACUGACAUCGAGACACUGAAGCAGGAGCUCACCACAGUCCCAAGACGUAAAAGAAAAUCCUCAGACAGCAAACCUGCCAAUGGAGAUGGAUCAGAUGGAGCUUGGACUGACGUGGAGACAAGGUGCUCUGUGGCGAUGGAGAUGAGGGCUGGAUCAAACAUAGGUCCUGGCCGUGGGCAUCAAGGGAUCACCAAGCGCAGAAAACCUAAAGGCAGACGCCAGCUGCUCCAGUGAUCACCAUGCAUGGAUCUCCAAAGCUUCUUUGUAAGAUACUUAAAAUACUACACGUGUUGUUUAAUUCAGGCAGGGAUCGUGGUAAAUAUUUAGUUACUGCAGAUGAAAAGAUUCUUUUAGCAUGUUUGUGUGUAAUAAUACCACAGUCACAUUUGUUACUUGGCACAGGGAGAUAUUGUGAAGCUGUCACAAUAUUGAUUUUUGUACACCACAUACUGUUUCUGUCUGUUGUUUGUUGAAUUAUGAGCUUCAAGUAGAAUUUGAAUAAUAUACUGAGCUCUCCUGUAAACACAGGAAUAAAAUUCCUUUGCAGCACCAGUUUGUUGUGUUUAUAUACA